AUGAGGCAUUUGGAUUCUCUGGACAAUGCGGGUGCUGAUAAACUAGAAGCUGAGCUCCAGGCUGCCAGAGAUGGAUUGCGUGAACUGGACCGUGAUAUACGUAAAAUUCUUGGACGGGAUUUGCCAGAUACGGAAAAUGGAAUGAAUCAACAAUCAGUGAGAAUCGGACAAAAAAGAUUACUUCAAGAUGACCGCAAAAGAAACAUCCCAGAUUACAUGGGCAACAAUGACCAUCAUUCACAGGGUAACAAACGGAGUCGCUGGCAAUCCCAGUCGUUAUCUUCUCCACCGACGGCGACUCCUGGAGAACCCAAGACAGUUUUCAGUCGAUUGAGCGCACGUGUGCCGUCAACGGCGGACGACAGCGACAAUGACGACGACAAUCCUAUGAAGCCAGCUGUGUCGUCACGAGUCAUUGCUACGCCACGUGAAGUACCAUCCCGGCAAGAAGUUAUUAGACGUGAACGUGUCGACGAACGCAGCCGACAAAGGAACAAACGAAUGUUCGGAGCCUUGCUUGGUACUCUGCAAAAAUUUCGUCAAGAAGAAACUAAACUUAAAGCUAAAGAAGAUAAAAAAGCAGAAGUCGAAGCACGUGUCGAGGAAGCCAAGAGACGCGAAAAAGAAGAACUAAAGCGCGAGCGACAGCAAUUAUUUUUGUCACGAAAGCGGCAAUUAGCUGAAGUUAAAGCUCUGGAAUCGAAAUUAGCUCGCACGGAAGUGGAACGAAGGGAAAAAGCUCUGGCCGAAGAAAUAGAAGCUAUUGAGUCUCAAAUAAAUGCAAAUAAACAGAAUGAUAAUCUUGAUAAGUCCGAGUCUAUGGAAAUAAAUGAGAUGCAAAUAAUGGAGGACGGUGAAGAAAAUCGGGAUCCUAAUCCCGAGGUUAAAGAAAAAGUAUCCGAGGAUACUUCCCCGGUGGCUGUUAAAAUGGAAUUUCAAGACGCUGCUGUUGACGAUGUUAAAAGUACUGAUCACAGUGAUGUGUCAAAGGUCAAAAAAACUGAAGAAAGUAAUGAAGAGGAGAAUUUAAAUGAAAAUUACGGUUGA